CAUCUGGCCAAAUCCCCGGGAUCACUCAACAGCUCCGCCUCCUCGCCAGUGAUUGGCCACUGGAACUGUAGCUCAGGACAGGCACACAGGCAGCCAAUCACCGGUGAGGAGGUGGAGCUUGGAGAGGAGGAGCCGAGAGCAGCAGCGCGAAGAUCAAAGAAGAUCGAGCGAGGGAGCGGCCGGAGAAGGAAGACAGCUGACAGGUAAGUGUCUGUAGCGUAUGCUGGCUGUAGAUGGGAGAGGGAGGGAGCGAGCCCAGGCUGGAGCAGGGGUCAGCAAGGUAAGUAUCAUUGGUGUCAGUGGGAG